CAUCAAACGUCCUGGAUAAAAUUGAUAAAGGGGUUAGCGUUGUAGACAGAAAGAAAUGCUUCUAUUUUAUUGUUUUCUCUUAGAUUGUACACGCUUGUGGUAUGAUAUAGCAUUUUCGGCAGGUCAAUCAAUAGAAAGAUUUUAAUUUAACAUAGCCUCUAUGUUUACUCCUGUUACUGCAAAAUAGCAGAGCAGCUCACUUUAGCUACGCUUGUGUCUUCUGCGCAUUUCAUUGUGCUAUAUAACUAGAGGACAUUUAAAUGAAUUAGAUUCAUUUUCCAGCUUUAGCUAUCAGGACUCACCUCUGGGACUUGACGUUUGAUUGACCAGAAAUGUCAGCACAAAAAGACUGCGAGUUCUUAGUGAAAAGAGCUCGGGAGCUUGUCUCUGAUGAUCCCUGUGCAGCCAAAGCUUGGCUUAUAACUGCUCGGACCCUUUACCCUACAGACUUUAAUAUACAGUAUGAAAUGUACAUAAUUGAACGGAAUGCAGAAAGGACAGCUUCAGCAGGCAGAUUGCUGUAUGACAUGUUCAUAAAUUUUCCAGACCAGCCCAUUGUUUGGCGUGAGAUCAAUGUCAUUACUGCUGCCUUACGCAGCGAUUGUCAGGAUAAACAUGCACUGUUUCUACGAGGGCUUUUUGAGACACUGCCUGGUCGUGUGCAGUGUGAGAUGCUGCUGAAGGCUACAGAGCAGUGUUUUAACACUUUGGAGAAGGCUGAGAUGCUGCUGCUACUUCUUAAGCGAUUUCCAGAGUCUGUGGUCCAACAUGGGGUCAGCCUAGGAGAGACACUGCUCGAAGCGGAGGCAUCAGAGAACUUAGAGACUCCUGUCAACUGCUUCAGAAAACUCUUUGUGUGCGAUGUCCUUCCAUUGAUCAUAAACAAUGUAGACAUGCGAUUACCUGCCAGCCUGCUGCAGAAAUACAUGCUGAAAGCAGCUGAGUUCUACAUUGGCUAUGUCACCCGCGGACCUUCACCUGAUGGACAGAUACAGGGCUCUCAGGAAGGUGGCUCUUUGAAGUCUCCCAAUAUUUCUCGAGGCUCCCAGCGGUACAUUAUUGAUGGCUUAUCAGAGAAAUCGUCAGUAGUGGCUGAACCUUGGGAGAGGCUUCUGGACAUCCUGGCUGUGGUUGGGGCACGCUGCGAGUGGCAGGGGGACAAGGGACAAAGGAGUUAUGUGGACAUGCUGCAGAGAUUGAAGGAGCUGUGCCGUUACUUGCCUGGUCUAGAGGGAGACACCAGAUCUCGGUGCUGCAGCCAGGUGGUCAUCUGUGCCGUGCUAGUCCUCUUCCGCAGUGCUUUUCUCUAUGUCUCUUCUGUACAGCCAGCACUCUUCCAGGGUGUGAAUGCAGUGAGUCCGGGGCCAUGGAUUCUUCUAGAGGACCUGAGCUUGGUGUAUAAUGAUAUUGACUUGGAGCGUGGAGCUGCCAAACAUGCCCAUAAGAAACGCAAACUGGCAGAUGGGAGAGACAAGACUAUGAGCUCAGAUGAUGAAGAGGGACUGGGGAAGGGCCGUGGCCGACACAUUUUAGUGAAUAAGACAGAGAUGCCUGGCUGGUCAGAAACUCUGGAGACCUUCCGUACAGCUAGGGAGAGCUGGGACCUCCUCCAUUCACAUGACAACAUAGAGACUGAAUUUAAGAAGAUUUGUGCAUCAUGGAAGACAGAUGUGUGGCUGUGGUUCAGAAUAUUUCUAACUGAUAUGAUAAUAUACCAGGGCCAAUACCGAAAAGCCCUUUCUAGUCUGCACCAGAUGGCUGCAGUGCAGCAGCCCCAGCCUGGCCAGCAGAGUCCUUCAGGUCAGGCAAGCCUGGAACACCAUAGGGCGCUCAUACAGCAGGCUUCCUGCCACUAUGCACUUGGAGAGUACAGGAUGGCCUGUGAGAAGCUGUUGGACGUAGUUGGUGGGUUGCUGCCCCCAAAUCUGGAACUGGUAAAGGCUCCUGAAGAUCAGAUUAAAGUCAGGAAUAAACCAAGGAAAAGCAAUGACCUGCGAUUGCUCCCCUGCACCAACAAAGCCAUCUUGCCCUUCUGCCUGCAGCUGAUGCUAGCUUGCUUCAAGCUCCGUGCCUUCACAGACAAUCGUGAUGACCUGUCUCUGGGUCAUGUGGUGGUGCUUCUGCAGUAUGACUGGCCACAGGGUGAGCUGCUAUUUCUAAAGGCAGUGGAUAAGAUCACCCAGCAGGGAAGCUUCCAGUAUGAGAAUUUCUUCAACUACGUCACCAACAUUGAUAUGCUGGAGGAAUUUGCCUACCUGCGUACUCCAGAAGGGGGGAGGAUUCAGCUGGAACUACUACCCAAUCAGGGGAUGCUCAUCAAACACCACACUGUGACUCGAGGCAUUACCAAAGGGGUGAAAGAGGAUUUUCGCCUGGCCAUGGAGAGGCAGGUGUCGCGCUGCGGGGAGAACCUGCUAAAUGUCCUCCAUCGCUUCUGCAUCAAUGAGAAGAUCAUCAUCAUCCAGUCUCUUCCCUGACAC